AUGAACACAUCCGAGGCAUCCAAGCCUAGAAAGCGCCACAGAAUCCCAGUCUCCUGUCUCGCCUGUCGCAAGAGAAAGGCCAAGUGUGAUCGUGGCCGGCCGCAUUGUGCCAACUGCGUGGCAAAGAACUUGAUCCACCUCUGCCACUACGAGGAGUCUCCGUGGUUUGUCCAGGCG